AAUAAUAUCGUGACAUAGUGUCUGCAAAGCAUCAAGAUAUGACUCCAAGAUUAUUGUUCAUUUACGAUUGAACACAGUCAGAACCCAAGGUUAUUAUUAUAAUCCAUUUCCUCUCAAUAAGUGAUAUAAACAAGCUUUCAUCACUUCCACGUCGCCUUGGCAAGCGGAGAAACGCUCGGAUAGACCCUAAUCAGGAUUUAUCCUGCUUUUCUCUCAGAAACCAGGCCUGGCUGCGCAGAUCAGGCUGGAAACACCUUUCCCCCCCUCAGUCGUUCAUACGAAAAAAACAAAACAAAAAACGAUGAAACAAACAUCGCAGACUCACUGGAUUACAAUAAGCGUUUGGCUUCGUCUCACUGAUAAUUUCCUCUGGAAGUAAACGGAGUGCGGUUUUAACGGUGUUUCUCUAUUUCAGCCACAGAUUCUGAUGAAAACAACAAGCUGAUUGUUUAGUCGGUGAGGCUGAGAGAGCUGGUGGGGUAUCAGCCAUGGGUCGAAAGCUUGAUCUGACAGGACUGACAGACAACGAGGCGGAGCACGUGCUGCAGGUGGUGCAGAGGGACAUGAAGCUGCGCAAGACGGAGGAGGAGAGACUCAGCGAGCUGAAGCAGGAGCUGGACGAGGAGGGCAGUCGCUGCCUCCUGCUGUCACGGCAGAGUUGCUUCAACCAGCGCUGCUGCAUCCGCUGCUGUUCGCCCUUCACCUUCCUGCUCAACCCCAAACGCCAGUGCCACGACUGCCACUACAACGUCUGCAAGGCCUGCCGGGUGUACAACAAACGGGACAAGACCUGGCUCUGCUCCGCCUGCCAGAAGAGCAGGUUGUUGAAGACACAGUCACUGGAGUGGUUUUACACUAAUGUGAAGAAACGCUUCAAGAGGUUUGGCAGCGCCAAAGUGCUGAAGACUCUUUACAGGAAGCACCUGGCAGAACACAGUGCGCUUUCAGAGCUAACAGAGGGCAGCGCCUAUGAGGAGAGCAUCUGCAAUGAGGACAGCGUCUGCGGGAGCGACUCAACGUUUUACAGACAAACUGAAGAGCACAGCAUGGCGGAGACGCUCACUGUGGCCAGGCGGGUGGCAGAGGAGGCCAUAGACGAGGCCAUUUCCAAGGCUGAAUUUGACACUUCCAAUCAGGAGAAGCAGAAUGAAGCACGCUAUCUGCGGGAGCACAGAGGAGAGCUCAUUGAGGAACUGGCCAAAACAAUUGUGCAAAAAAUCAUUAGUAGGAGAAAGACUCUGGCUGAGAUGAGAGCAGAAUAUGAUCACGACUUGGCCCUUGAACGCAACCCUGACCUUCAUCAUCAACAUCAGCCCCCCUCUGAUCAAGCGUCCAGCUCACAGAAACAUCAACCAAGCCUCUGGAGGUCACAGUCUGCUUUCUCACUAUUGGACAAUGACCUUCCGGGUCUUAUAGAAGACUCCCCGCAGACAUUACAGAAGGAAGGAGCUGGGUCAGCUUGGAAGAGUGUAGACCGGCUGGAUAACGCUGUGCUGAAGAGCCCCGACGGGAACUGGAUUGCCCUGCAGAGCGCCCAGCUGUCUCGUCCCAGCCUACUCACUAAAAGGAAGAGCCUAGUCUACAGCGCCUUGGAGAGGGAGUCGGGAGUGGUGUCAGCCUACGAAGGUCUGGGCUCAGACAACGAAAGCAGACCAGAGCCUGACAGCUCCUGGGGUGCCGUCCUCAAGGAGAUCCACAGGAAGAUGACGGACUCUAACUUUCACCUGCCUGACGCCGGCGACAGCAUCCCGUCACCGCCAACGGGCGAGCGAGGCAGCCAAGAUGGUCUGUUUUCAGACUCUGAGGGGAACUGGAAACCUAAAAAACCUCUCAUGGCUCUCUUAAAGCGGAAGGUGCCGGCAGAGAUCAGGAGACCUUCGUCGUCCCACAGGACCAACAUCAUCGAUGUGAACUUUAACCUGGAGGGAGCAGGAGGGAAUCAGGGAGAGACGAAGGUGGCAAAAAUGAGGAAGUCACGGAAGAGGAGAAAGAGUAAAAAAGAAACAGUGGCUUCUUCUCCCGUGUCGGAUUUAAAUCAAAAUGACAACGUCCCACCACAUCCUUCUGAUGACGUGACCUCUGACACUCUGACGUCUGAAGCCACGACCCCUGAACCGUUUGACUCUGAGGGUAACAUCACCGUAAAUAAAUCCAAUCCAGUGGACGAGGAGCUUCAGUUAAAUCUGCAACAGCAAGUGGCACGAGUUUCUGACUCGACCGCAAGAAAUGAAAAGCUUGAUGAAGAUGGAGAUGGAGAUGAUGGACAGAUGAAGAAAAGGACUCAAGAAAGUAAGGAUGUAGAGGAGGAAGAUGAGAGGCUGUGGAAAAUGGAGAUUGAUUUGGAUGAAAGGAGAAUGGAUGAUGAGGAAGAGAAAGAACUGGAUGAAGAGAUGAAAUAUAGAUUUUACAGACUUGUUGCACAGUCCAGACUCUCAUACUUUUCGUCUACUGAAGAUAACCUUGACAGAGCGGGGCAAAGUGAAGGAGAGUGGGAAAGAGAGAAAGAUGAAGAUAUGGAGGAGGAAGAUAAAGAGCAAGACGAGAAAAAGCCAAAAGGCCUGACUUACAAAAUAUGUCAGUUGGAAAAACAAGUCAGAGCUUCACAGUUCUCAUCCACAGAGGACGAACUGGAUAAAAUUGGCAUAGAAGAAAAGGGAGAGGACGAGGAGGAGGAGGAGCUGGCGAUGAAAGUGUGCAGAUUAGUUAAUCAAGUCAGUGCCUCCGAGUUUUCAUCUACAGAGGACGAGUUGGACAGAGUGAGCAGAGAAGGAGAGGAGACGAUGGACGAAGAGUAUCUGUGGAAACUGCCAGCAGAGGAAGCAGCACAGCUACGUGAUUUGGUCAGUUUAGUGAGGGCUUCUCAGUUUUCUUCCACUGAGGAUGAGCUGGAUAGAAUUGGAUUGAAUGAGGAAGAAAUGGAGGAGGAGAUGAAACAAGGAGAAACUGAGAACAGCAUUGAGAUGGAAGAGCUUUGGGAGAGAGCAGAUAGGGAGAGGACAGAGUCCAUUGGAGACCUGGACGUGAAAAUGUUUGAGUUAAUGGCUGAUACUGAGAAAACAAAGAGAGAGGACAGGGAUGGAAAAGUAAUACAUGAGGAUGCUUUUCUUAAUCAGAUACAAGUCGAGGCUGUCCAGCAUGAUGAAAAUGAGAGGGCGGAAAAUAAAGAUUGCACAGUGGAGAGGGUAACAGUGGACGAAACAAUAGCCAAGGGGCACUUAGGCGCUGAAAAAGUAGAAGUUUUGAAAGGAAAUGAGAGUGAAAACGACUCUGAGAAAAGACAAGAGAUUAAGUUAAAAACAGGGGUGGAAGCACAAGGAAGCGACUUACAGCAAAAGAAUUGGCUCGAGGCAAAGUGGCCCGACCAAGACAGAGAAGACAAGUUUCAGAAAGAAAGCAAAGAGAGCGAGAGGAAGAGGCAAUCUUUAGAGGACAGCGAUGAAGAAUUUGACAGAAUAAUCAGCAGCAUGUUGUUGAUGACUUUGGGCGACAUGGACGCAGAACCAAUAACGGAUAAUGCUGGAGGAAGAAACAAAGAGCUAAAGGAUGAAGAGACAUUUGAAAGCAGUGAUCGAGGAGGAGAGAAAGGAGAAAAGGUUGGACAAAGCACAGACGCUUCAGAGGAGACGGGACAUCUUUCAAAGGAGUUUCAAAGUCAAAGAGGCCACCAGAGGUCUGAGUCAGAGGUGAGAAAGCAUCAUGAAGAAAAUAGAAGUGAGGAAACUGAAAGAGAUAUUUCUGCAAAACGGGAGAGCACAGACAAGGCAGGCAGAGAUGUAAAUGAGCUAAAAGAAAGUGAAAAAAGUUUGGUUGAAGAAAAACCUGCAGCUUUGACAUUUACCGAGAUAUUUGAGACAAGUGAAGCUAACCUGAUGUGUGAAAGAACUGAAGAGGACAAGGAGGAAAAAGAGGAUGGAAGAGGAAGUCUGGCAGCAGAGCGGCAAGCAUUGGAGACAUGGGGAGAUACUGCAGACAUGGAGAAGACAGACAUGAAGGAAGUCAAAGACAAAAGUGCAGACAUCAUGCAAGAAAGCAGUUCUUCGUCUCUGCCUGAGGGUUUACUGUCAGCAGAGGAGAUUCAGAGUGGUAGAGACUACAAAACAAUCGAGUUUAUGUCGACUCUGUUGGAGCAGAGAUACUCAGCCGUGUCCCUGCGCAGCAUCACUACUGAGAUGCUGAAGGUGCUGAACGCCACUGAAGACCUGCUGCAGGGUGUGGAGGGAGGAGAAAACACCCGACCCCCAUCCACCUCCCUGCCCCCCAACACUGACCCCAAAAAACUGGACCAGCAGUUUUCCAGACUGGAGGAAAACGUGUACGUGGCAGCGGGAUCAGUGUACAGUCUGGAGGCCGAGCUGAGUGACCUGGAGGAGUGUGCCCGGGGAAUCUGCAGCUCCACGCCUGACAUGGAGCUGUCCUUCCUGGAGGAGCAGGUGGCAGCAGCAGCUGCCAAGGUACAACAGUCUGAACUGCAGAUCUGCGACAUCUCAGCAAGGAUCGCUGCUCUGAAGAACGCCGGUCUCAAUGUGGACACACAGUCGCGCUUGAUCAAGAGCAGGACUAUUCCAGUUAUGCCCGUCACCCUGGACUCCUCGAGACAGAUGAGAAGGCGAUUACCUGCACCCCCACUGAAAGAGUACAAAGACAAAUAAGUCACCGGACCAGAACAUCUGUAGUACCUCCAACACAUCUGUGCCUUGCCACACUGCAGCCUACAGGCCAGUCUUAAACAAUCCAUCUAGACACCAUUUGCCUUAAUUUAAUUUUAAAAUACCCAUAAGACUUUAGUACUGUAUGUGUAAUAUGAGAUGUACAGAUAAUGCAGGAAAUAGUUGAUUUGCAUCAUUCUAUCAGAUGCAUCCAGCAGAUUUCUAUCAGCACUGAUCACUAUUAAAAAAUCAAUCAUUUUACUUUUUAAUUUCCCAAACAAUGAAACAGCAAUCUGAAAUGAUUAAACGUCAGGUGUAAAAAAGUCUUAAUGUUUUAUUUAGAAAAUGUUUCAGUCUUCAUUUCACUGCUGUUACUGGAUAAAACCUACAAUUUACACUGUACAUUAUAUAGAAAAUACAGUGAUUACAUUUACACAGCAGCAGUUAUAGCAUGUUAGAGAAAUGUUGUGAUACUGCUUUAUGUCUACAGUUAAUAUAAAUUUAAACAACUUACAAUGUAUACCUGUAUUUUAUUUAAGUGUGUAUGUUGAAGUGUACAUAUCUGCAAAGCAAUCAGUAAACAUUGUUUUCUGCCUUUUAAAUAUAGAAAAUAAAGAGAAAUAAGCAAAA